AGUAAGGUUAGAAAGCAUGUUUGCAUUCGAUUUGAAACUCGCACCAUGGAUGUGUUCGAAGACCUCCCGGAAGAUUUGGAAGAUGUUGAGGUGAUCUAUCUGGAUGGCGAAGACGAAGAUAUUGAUGACGACUAUUUCGUCAGUGACUCUCAAGAGCCGGAGCAGAUUGAAGCUGAAGUAAUUGAUGUUUCCAAACUGACUUUCCACAAGCAUGGAAAGUCUGUGUUUGGCAGUGAUGUCUCAAAGAACCAACAAUUGGUUGUGACGGGGGGCGAGGACGACAUGGCCUAUGUCUGGGAUAGUGCUAGUGGAGAAGUGCUGUUUGAAUGUACUGGACAUAAGGAUUCUGUAGUAGAAGUUGGCUUUAAUCAUGACGAUACCUAUGUCGUCACUGGGGACAUGGCAGGGUUGAUCCAGGUUUGGUCGCUCAGCGAAAGGAAGCUAGUAUGGUGCUAUGAAGGUGAUGACAUGGAGUGGCUAAUGUGGCACCCGGUGCUCAAUGUGUUGUAUUGCGGCUGCCAGUCUGGAUUCAUUUAUAUCUGGCAUAUACCGUCAGAACUUUCCAAGAUCCUGCCUGCUCCAUCCAACGUAGCCGUAACAUGUGGCAAAGUGAUGCCGAAUUCCAAGCAACUGCUCUGCGGAUACGCCGAUGGGGAAAUUCGCCUUUGGGAUAUAACCACAAGUUCCGUUGUUUGGGUAAACAGGGACAGCAGCUCUGUGAACAGUCUGGAUAUCAGUAAUGAUGGAGCUUUGGCGAUAGCAGCCCCCAGUGCCGUAGUUAUAAAACUGACGGACGGAAAGACCGUUAGAAAGGCAUUGAGCGAAGGAAAAACCGAAAUAGAAGUUGCAAUGUUCGACAAUCAGCUCGGCGUUAUUGUUACAGGCUCUUUAACAGGCCGGUUAUGCGUUUGGCAAUUGGGAACGUACGCUUUGAGGCAUGAAAUCGACAUUGAAGUUCCAGUAACUUUACUCAGACGUGGGCCUGAGGACCAAGUAAUUGUGGGUACGACGGAGGGGGUGAUUUAUACAUGCAACAUAAAAACCGGCGCAUUGUACCAAGCCCUAACCGGACACAGAGCAGACAUUUUAAGCAUAACAACGUUUCAGGAUAGAAAGCGAGUCGUUACCACAUCCGAUGAUGGAACUGCAAAGAUAUUCGAGCUAGAAAAGCCAUAGAGUUUAUCAACAUUUUUAUACCAGUUAUAUUCUAUAUACACGCCACAAACAGGUUACACGUUUAUUA